UCUCUCUCUCUCUCUCUCUCUCUGUAAAAAGCAAGCCAAACCUUCUUAUAUUCACUCGCAUGGUGAACUCCUUUUCUUCUAAACCCUGAACAUGGUUGAGAAGAAAACCGAAGAACUGAUCGUCGCAGAGUACAAACUCCACAUCCACUGCAAGGAAUGUGCGAGUGCUGUCCACAAACACAUCGUUCAGAAUUCAGGAGUCGAGAAGGUCGAUAUAAACGUUGAAAGCGGGAAAGUGAUCGUCAAAGGCUACUUCGAUGUCAAAAAGGUUCAGGAACGGAUCCAAAAAAAGACGAAGAAGAAAAUCGAGCUGAUAUCGUCCAAGUUCCUGCCCAAAGAAGAAAAGAAAGAAGAAGAAAUAAAGAUCAUAGUGAUAAAGGUUCAUUUGCAUUGCGAGAAUUGUGAACAAGAUCUCAAGAUUCUGUUGCUCAAACACAAAGAGAUUCACAAGGUCGAGACGAACUUAGGAGACAACACCUGCAAGAUCAUCGGCGUGAUAAAGGAGAAAGAGCUGGUCGAGUACAUUCAGAAGAAAACGAACAAAAUCGCAAAGAUUCUGAAGGUGGAGGCGAAGAUAGAAAUCAAGAAAGCUGAAGAAAAGAAUGACGAAAAGGAAAAGCUGAAAGCCAAAAAAGCUGAGUUUCUCAAGAAAAUCAAGCUGGAAAUAGAGAAAAAGAAGCAGGAGCUGAAGGAAAAGGAUAUAGAGAUCGAAAUAGACGAGUUAUUCAGGAAGAUAAGCGUGGAGAAAGAGGAGAAGAAGAAGGAGCUGAAGGUAAAGGAAUUGGAAAUCGAGAUGGAGGAGUUGUUCAAAAAGAUCGAAGUGGAGAUGGAGAAGAAAGAUUUCCUGAUGCAAAAAGAUGUGGAUAUCGAGGAGUUAUUCAAGAAAAUGAAAGUGAGAAUAGAAGAAAAGAAAUGGGAGCUAAAGGAAAAAUAUUUUGCUACUCCUCAUUAUCACCUUCAUCAUGCUCAUGCUCAUGCUCAUGCUCAUGCUCCCUGCUACAUUCACAGUCCUCCCUGCUACAUUCAAAAGCCUCCCUACUACAGUGAAUACGCUCAUGCACCUCAAUGGUUCUCUGAUGAGGACCCAAAUGCUUGUGUUGUGAUGUAGAAGGCCAUGUAUUCCGAGCACAAGGAUAUUGAAGAGUUAAUUCUUACAUUGAUUGUUGCUAGCUUAUCUUCAAUAAUCUUGCUCGAGCUGCUCCUCAAACCAAUCUGCUAA